AUGACUCUGGCCAAGGGCGCCAACUACCUCCUGCUGCUAAAGCCUAGCAGAGCGACUGCUCAGAGUCUUCUUGGAGAGCACCGUGGUGGAAAGCGGGAGUCCGGAGAUCAGACACAAGUGGAGCAGGAGACCUUGGCCGUGGAGGGUCCCGAGGGGCUGCCCAUCAGCAGAGCGGUGAGGGUGAGGACAGAGGCAGAGGAGCCCAGGCAGGAAGGCGGAGGCUGCCCUGGGACCAGCCAGGACAGGCUGACAGCGCCCGUGAGCUCCAACAUGGCUGCAGCGGCGCCAGCAGCUGUGCCUGCCUCCAGGAAGGAGUCUCCAGGCAGGUGGGGCCUGGGGGAGGAGCUGGCAGGCGCAGGGCCCUCGCUCCAGUGCCGCGUGUGCGGGGACAGCAGCAGCGGGAAGCACUACGGCAUCUACGCCUGCAACGGCUGCAGCGGCUUCUUCAAGAGGAGCGUGAGGCGGCGGCUCAUCUACAGGUGCCAGGUGGGGGCAGGGAUGUGCCCAGUGGACAAGGCCCACCGCAACCAGUGCCAGGCCUGCCGGCUGAAGAAGUGCUUGCAGGCGGGCAUGAACCAGGACGCCGUGCAGAACGAGCGCCAGCCACGAAGCACCGCCCAGGUCCGAAUGGACCGCGUGGAGUCAGACACGGAGCCCUGGCUGGAGCCCCUGGCGGCUCCCCCGACCCCAGCAGGGCCCAGCCCGCGGGGCCCUACACCGGUGUCUGCAGCCAGAGCCCUGGGGCCCCGGGCCCUCACACCUCCAGGCCACCACCACUUCAUGGCCAGCCUGAUAACGGCCGAAACCUGCACUAAGCUGGAGCCAGAGGAUGCCGAUGAGAAUAUUGAUGUCACCAGCAAUGACCCCGAGUUCCCCUCGUCCCCAUACUCCUCCUCCUCCCCCUGUGGCCUGGACGGCAUCCAUGAGACGUCGGCUCGCCUCCUCUUCAUGGCUGUCAAGUGGGCCAAGAACCUGCCCGUGUUCUCCAACCUGCCCUUCCGGGAUCAGGUGAUCCUGCUGGAAGAGGCAUGGAGUGAACUCUUCCUCCUCGGAGCCAUCCAGUGGUCUCUGCCCCUGGACAGCUGCCCACUGCUGGCCCCGCCUGAGGCCUCUGCUGGUGGCAGCUCUCAGGGCCGGCAGGCACUGGCCAGUGCAGAGACUCGAAUCCUGCAGGAAACCAUUUCAAGGUUCCGGGCACUGGCGGUGGACCCCACGGAGUUCGCCUGCAUGAAGGCCCUGGUCCUCUUCAAACCAGAAACACGGGGCCUGAAGGAUCCUGAACAUGUGGAGGCCUUGCAGGACCAGUCCCAGGUGAUGCUGAGCCAGCACAGCAAGGCCCACCACCCCAGCCAGCCUGUGAGGUUUGGGAAACUGCUCCUGCUCCUCCCGGCUUUGAGGUGUAUCACUUCCGAACGUGUUGAGCUCCUCUUUUUCCGCAAGACCAUAGGGAACACUCCAAUGGAGAAGCUCCUUUGUGAUAUGUUCAAAAACUAG